GCCGCCGCCAUGCCUCUGUGAGCGGGCUGCACGGCCGCAGCAUCUCCGGAGCGGAGCGCGCGCACACCGCUUAUCAGAGGAGCGGCGCACGUUCACCGUCCGGUGUAAAAGUCACCUGGAGCUCGAGCCAGCAAACAACGCAGCAGAGCAAAGCAGAGGUGAACAUGGCUGAGGACAUUCAGGCAAAGCUCGAGAAGUAUCGCACUGCCCCCUUCGAUGCCAGAUUCCCCAACCAGAACCAGACCAGGAACUGCUGGUCCAACUACCUGGACUAUCACCGCUGCCAGAAAGCUCUGGAUGCUAAAGGAGUGGACACUGCCCCAUGUGACUGGUACAAAAGGGUCUACCAAUCCCUCUGCCCCUUAUCCUGGGUCCAGAAAUGGGAUGACCAGAGAGAAGAGGGGACCUUUCCAGGAAAAAUCUAACUGUGCCAUCUUCAAAGCUGCAGAGAUGUAAUCUGCCCAGCUAAAUGUUUGUUGAAGUGGUGGGAGACCACGCGCCUCCAUCACCACCUUUCCACUGCUGAUGCUCCACCAUAGGAGCAGUCUGUAACCGAAUGGUCAUUCCUUACAAAUAUCGUAAAAAUGUAUAGCAGAUUCUGCAUUAAAGUAUCUCAGGAUAUAUUUAAGUA